CGCCUUUGCACUGGCCAACAUCCAUGUUUUGAAAGUGUUCAAAGCGAUACGCGCUUUUGCCCUUUUGACCCAGACCCUCAUUUUGACCUGCGAAAACAAUGAAUAUGCCCAACGUUGACGUAGUCGGCGGUCUUUGAAUAAAAAAUCUCCUAUAAGACAGCCCAGUUCGCUAUCCCCCUCCCUCGGCAUUCCAUCUCUCGGUUGAGUUCUUUUCCACGUACAUCGCCUGUUUUUCAGAACGAAAAUGAACCCAAACUUCCCUACCGGCUUCCCUAUGGCAGCCCAAAUACCCCCGGAACAGCAACUAUACCUGUUCCAGCUGAUGCAGCAGCAGCAACAGCAGCAGCAACAACAGCAGCAGCAACAACAACACCAACAACAACAGCAACCACAGCAGCAGCAGCAGCAACGACCUGCCUUUAUGCCACCUUCCACUCUUCAGAUGCGUCCGCCUCAAGGUGUCGCUCCCAUUCAGCAGCAGUUCCCAUCCCACCUUCAACCUCAGGCCGUAUACGCCCAGCAAGCGCUACUAUUUCAGCAGCAGCAGGCUCAAGCUCAGGCUCAGGCCCAAGCUCAGGCACAAGCUCAGCAACUUAUGCACGUCCAGCAAAGUCAUCAUCUACCGCCUCAAUCACAAUCCGUUCAGCAACAGUUGGCCAGACAGCCAGCCGCUCAAGCAGUGCAACCUCAACAAGUCCGCUUGGGUGGCCCUUUAGAACUAGCUGCUCAAUUGGGUCUUCCAGCCAGACCACAACAAAAGACGCUACAGCAGGCUUCCCAACAACAAGCGCAGACACCAAAGGUGGUUCAGCAGCAACCCUCCCAGGCACAACCCAAAGCCCAGCCACAGACUUUGCAAGGACUUCAAGUCGGGGAUUGGAGGCUCACAGCCGCCGCAAACUUCAGGAAAGAAUAUAUUGAUAGACUUAUUCAUGCUGUGUCUCAGCUGCAAUCAGCAAAAGUUCAGUCUGCUGAAAGAGUUGAGGCCAUGGCCAGCGAUUAUGAAACAAGAGUAUUUCGCAGAGCUUUUACCAAGGACGAAUAUGUGAAUGCCAUGAAUCAAAAAAUCAACGAGAUUCUGAGUAACCACAAUGUCAAGUCAGUCGGCAUUAAUACCCCGUCCCAGCCAGCGUCUUCUACGUCAAUGAUGUCUACACCACUUGUUCCGCCAUCAACCACCGCCCUCCCUAACACGAGUGCGGCGGGUCAGCAGCAGUUGAGCCAACCGUUUGGUGAUCCGAAACUGAUGCACCUCGUCAACACCAGCACUUUGGCACAGCUAAGGGAACUCUGCCGUCAGCGCAACAUUCCUCCUGAAUUCACCGAACGACUGCUGCAAAAGAAGGCCGAACAGGAAAGGUCACGGGCCGCAAUGCGGCCCGUGAUCCAACCUGAAGGCAAUGUCCAGCGCCCUCCAGUUCCUACGCCUAGUGCAGUUCAGACCCCAGCGGCGCAUCAACAGCAGCAACAAAGGCAGCAGCAAGUGCAGAUGCAACAGCAGCCGCAGCGCCUUCAGCUAAAACACCAACAACACCAACAACAACACCAACAACAACACCAACAACAACACCAACAACAACAGCAGCAGCAGCAGCAGCAGCAUCAACAGCAACAACAGCAACAGCAACAGCAACAGCAACAGCACCAACAACGGGUGCAGCUGCAUCAACAACAGAUGCGACAAGCCUCUGAGGCUCAAGCGCAGGCGCAAAUGGUGGCCGCGCAGAGGGCGCAAGCAUUGAGCAAUUCUGCAUCCGCCCAGCUGCAAAGAGGAGCUGCUUCUUCUGGAGCAUCGCUGCAACCCCAGUUGUCCAAUGCCGCAACCCAUCCGUUUCCAGGCAAUCAAGUCCACUUGGCCGCAGGUAUGGCCGGUUCGAGUGCCAUCUCCAGCGCUUUGCCAAACAUCAGCAUGGCGGCCGUGUCCUCUGCGGCAUCUCCACCGACUUCCGCUAGACAAGGAGCCAGUGCACCGUCGGCGACCAUGGCUGGAACUCCGCAGAUUGCCGCAGAAAGUUGCCGCAUGGAACCAAUCGCCUUAACAGAACAAGAGAAGGCUUUCGUGCGUUCCAAAUUGGAAGCUCAGGACAACAUGUACCGAAAGGCAGAUACCUUGAUUGGACUGUUUGCUACCCAUGGUAAAAACAUGGAGGCAAAACGCUCCCUGCAACUGAAAGCAAUGUGGACCAGACAGUUGGACGGAUUCGUUACGGACACAUAUUACCUGACGCCAGCAAAUGCUGAGCUUUUGUUGCAAAACUUGCGGCGCUUGUAUCAAAGCGGAGAAACUCUGCGAAAGUCGAUUGACAUGCAGCGGUCGGCUCAGCAGAUCUCGAACGCUAAUGUUGGCCAGUCACAUAGCCAGCUUUCAACAUCACCGCACCAACCACAGUCGCAGCAACAGCACAUUCAAGCCACCAGACCUCCUCAGAUGCGGGCUAGCCCUCAGAAGAGGACAAGUGCGUCACAGCGGCCACCAGACGUUCCCUCUGUCAUAGCAGCUACUCUACCUCACUCCCUCCCUCCCACCCUACCUCCUACGCUCCCGCGCUCCGUUGCUCCUGUCCUUCCUGCCGCUAUGCUUUCUGCCAUGACUGCGGCUAUCCCACCUCCUGUACCUGCCGCGAUGCUUCCUGCGGCGUCUCCGAGCAUUCAAGUAUCGCAGGCAAUGCAUCCCCCUAUGGAAAUGGGCGGUUCGUCUAUUGGACAGGGCACUGGGUCCCAAAAGCGCCGUGCAUCUAUUUCAAGCCAGAGCGGCAAAAAGACACGGCAAGUUCGGCGGCCGCCAAGUUCUAGCAAGCCUCCGAUCCCGACCCAAGCACAACUCCAGGGCUCGACCGCUCCGCUACAGUUACCUACCCGCCCGCCACCUCAACUUGUCAAUCCCGGUCAUCUGAAAGCCGAGCAUCAUACAGGGAAUAUACCCGUCUCUAGGACAUCAGUGCCGCAGGUCCCCAAUCCGCAAAUUCAACCGGGCACGUCUUCGACGAUCGUGCCGCGUAUCCCUGCAACUGCCGCGUCUGCAUCCCCCCUGCCCAUAUCUACCGCCGCCCCAACAACUCAGCACCAAACACCUCCUAUCGUGCCACCCGCGGUGCCAGCUGCGAACGCCGUAGAUAGUACUGCCGCGGUCACUCAACCCCAACAGACCGUCUUGAUGGAAGCCAGAGAGCAAGCGCGAGGUGUCUUUGAGAGCAACCUUGGCUUCAGUGGGGAUAUACCCGACGACUUUGCGAUAGAUUUCGGAGGCCUGUUUGGUCAAAGCUCCUUGAGUGAUGUGUGGAACGGCGUAGGAUACAAUCGACCAUUGCACGGUAUCGAUCCCAUUGGUGCGGAAUCAGGGGACUUCGAAUUAUUUUUUGGCGAGUACCACUCUCCUCCCCUCUCUCCAUUCAAGAAUCAAACUAAACGAAAAAGGGAUGGGGAAGAGGAAGAGCAGGAAGAUGCUGAUGAAGGUCGCGGAGAAGGGAGUAAGCGGCCCAAGAUGGGUCCCCCCAGGGAAAGCAUAAAGAGGAAGAGGGACGACGAGGAUGAGGAUGAUGACCAGGGACCUAGCAAGCGGCGUCCCCAGGUCUUUGCGUCGCCAGUGGAAAUGAAUUCAUCGCUUGUUUUUUAAAUUCAAAUUCUGCAUAAUGUUUAAAGAAUAGAAGUGUGUCACUAUAAGUUAAUA